UUUCCAAACCGUCUAGGUGGAUCGCUGGUCUCCUCACAUUUGUAGCCCGAGUUGGUGUACGGCCCAAACAAACAUUUGCAAGGGAAAAAGGAUACUGAGUUAACCGGCGUAGCCUCUUGGGCAGCGGCGGCGAUGGGGUCGACUGCCCUCUCCACCAACCUUCAAAGUAACAAACAGAGCAACAUUACCACACAAAGGAUGCCUAAACGCAGAGAGAUUUUGGAAAAGAAGAAGGCAGUAGAUGAAUUGAUCAAAGCAGCUUCUGCCGUUAAGGAUCAUCUUGCUUCUUUCCCAUCCUUUCGCCAGUUUGAUACCAAUGGGCUGUCGGUGUACUUGGAAUCUGGGAGAGGGGAUAAACUCACCUCUUCUCUUAAGCGACGUCUUCAAAACCUUCUCAAGGAUAAUAUGGAGAGGCAUUAUGGCCCUGAGUGGGCUGCUGAAGAGAAGGUGAAGCGAUGGGAAAUGGUUACGCCAGAAGCACGUCAUAUAUUAUUGUAUGAGGCUUCACAUAAUGAAGAAAAGGUGAUAUUAGAUAGGGACGAUUCGUUGGUUGGCUUUGUACAUUACCGGUUUACUCUAGAAGAGGGUUUGCCUGUUCUUUAUGUGUAUGAAAUUCAGCUGGAAUCUCGUGUGCAAGGGAAGGGAUUAGGGAAAUUCAUAAUGGAAUUGCUUGAGCUUAUUGCUCGUAAGAACUGCAUGAGCUCCAUUGUCUUAACUGUCCAAAAAGCAAAUGUAGUAGCUAUGAAUUUCUAUACAAGUAAGCUGAGAUAUGCUAUAUCGAGUAUUUCACCAUCAAGAGUUGAUCCACUGAUUGGAGCUCAGAAGAAUUAUGAAAUUCUUUGCAAAGCGUUUGAUAAUGAAGCUAAAGCCAUAUUGGAGGCAUAAAUUAUUAGUCACUUUUGCUGGAUGUUUGUCUUUUCAUAUGUUCUUGUGCUUGUGCAAAUAUUGUAAGGAGGCAAAUAUCUGUGCAUGUGUGCUCUGAUGCAGAUAUCAUGAGGGAUCACAAUGUGAUGCAGCACACUAGUGGUGGUCUUCUUGUGGAAAAGGGGUCUUAUUUCACAGUGAUAAUGCAUUAAAAUAUGAAGACUAACAAAAUUGCGAAAAUGGAACUAUUGAUAGGAAAAAUCAAAUUGAAAAAAUUGAAAAUUCUGAUGCUAAAAUCUAAAAUUAUUUCUUACAAGAAGAUUAGUCCAAGAAAAAUUUCAGGCUACAGCUUUGGAAGAAUAGACUGAUUCAAGUGCUUCUUAAGAAAAAUUUCUCUCAGGACUGGAGUACUUUCUUUCCAAUUGACUUCACUUAUUUAAUUGACUCCGCCCACUCUGUACAUGGCUCUGCCUAGCAACGUUUAACCCCUGUACGUUCAACUCACUCUCUGUCCCAUAGAUUUGUUUUUCCCCAUACUCACUGAAACCAUUCUACUUCUUGGCAACAUAAACCUAAUAAAAGGUCACUUCUUCGUCACAUCCGCCAUUGGAGUUGAACCUGUUUUUGUUUUUUAUAUUUUUUGUUUAUGAAAGCAACAUAUGUAUACUUUUUGUAUGCCAUGAGAGUAUUUAGUGUCAUCGGAAGUGUAUUAAUGAAGAAAAAAACAUUAAAUUUAA